GAUGACGCGGCACGCAGAAGCGGUUGAAAGCGCGGGUCGGGCGCCAGCCGCCUCCAUUUUGUGCCGGUGUGUGAGGGGACGGUCCGGGGCCGCGCCGCCGCCACAGCCCCGCUGCCGCCUCUAAACUCGCGCUGCCCUCGUUGUUUUCCACCCUGGCCAUGGCAGAGUACAUCCGUGUGGCCGAAGAGGAGUCGGAGGAGCCGAUGGAGAUCCCGUCGGAGGACGACGGCACGGUGCUGCUGUCCACGGUGACGGCGCAGUUCCCGGGGGCGUGCGGCCUGCGUUACCGCAACCCCGACAACCAGUGCAUGCGGGGGGUGCGGCUGGUGGAGGGCAUCCUGCACGCCCCCGACAACGGCUGGGGCAACCUGGUCUACGUGGUCAACUACCCCAAAGACAACAAAAGGAAAAUGGAUGAAACUGAUGCAUCUUCAGCUGUGAAAGUGAAGAGAGCAGUUCAGAAGACGUCAGACCUCAUCGUUCUUGGCCUUCCCUGGAAGACAACAGAGCAGGAUUUAAAAGAUUACUUCAGUACUUUUGGAGAAGUCAUUAUGGUGCAGGUGAAGAGAGAUACUAAGACUGGGAAUUCGAAAGGCUUUGGUUUUGUCAGAUUCACAGAAUAUGAAACGCAAGUGAAAGUGAUGUCACAACGACACAUGAUUGAUGGGCGAUGGUGUGAUUGCAAACUCCCUAAUUCCAAGCAAAAUGCAGAUGAGCCUUUGAGAAGCAGAAAAGUGUUUGUGGGUCGUUGCACCGAGGACAUGAGUGCUGAUGAACUUCGUCAGUUCUUUUCCCAGUUUGGAGAUGUGACCGAUGUAUUUAUACCAAAACCUUUUCGUGCUUUUGCUUUUGUCACAUUUGCUGAUGACCAGGUUGCCCAGUCUCUGUGUGGUGAAGAUCUGAUCAUUAAGGGGGUCAGCGUGCACAUUUCCAAUGCAGAACCUAAGCAUCUGAAUGCUAGACAACAGAUAGAUAGAGGACGAUUCACAAACAGCCAGGGAGGCUUUGGCAAUCAGGGUGGGUUUGGAAACAACAGAGGUGGUGGAGGAGGAUUAGGUGGCAGUCCAAACAGUAACAUGAGUGGGGGUGGAAUGAAUUUUGGGGCUUUCAGCAUCAACCCAGCAAUGAUGGCUGCUGCUCAGGCAGCCCUACAGAGUAGUUGGGGAAUGAUGGGGAUGCUGGCUAGUCAGCAGAACCAAUCUGGGGCAGCAGGGGCAAACCCACAACAAAAUCAGGGGAAUGUACCAAGGGAACAAAAUCAGCCAUUUGGAACUAACAAUAAUUCAUACAGCUCAAAUUCGGGUGCAUUAGGUUGGGGGUCAGCGUCCAAUUCAGGUGGUCCUGGGUUCAGCUCUGGUUUUGGAUCCAGUAUGGAGUCCAAAUCGUCAGGGUGGGGAAUGUAAAAAUGAUUUGUAGGUGCUUAGCAAAUGUGAAGAAGGAGUUUAGAGAUUUGAAUAAUGGUAAGUAAAAACAAAAGUAGGUUUUCACGAACUUUUUCUUGCUACAUAAUUGAAGAAAAAUUUUAAGUGGUUGCCUUGCAAUGUCAUUUCAAGACACUGACGAUAAGGUGAAAUUUGAAAAUUACUAUAAUAAGCAAUUGAACUUGCAUUUUGAAAGUGCUUCUACCUGUUCCUGACUCGUACUGCAGUAUGUAGUUCUGUCAUGAGUUUAAAUUCUUGAACUAAUGAUCUGUAAUCUGUGUGUGCACACAUUUGUUAAUCGUCCUGAACCCCAGCCUCCCAAUUGUGUUAAGGAUUUGACACAAUGUCCAAGUUGGUGUUGAACAGCAUGGGGAACCCAGUUUUUUUUAUUCUUACUGCAGGUUAUGAAGCCAUGACUUCAGCCACUCCUCAAGUGAGGUGCAGUUUAUCUCCAAAUGUUGUAUCUUCAAGCUAGUCAAAGGUUUCUACCUUUUUAUCACCUGGUAAACAGCAUACUUUUGUAGCAAUGCUAUCAUUGUACCAAGAUAGCUUUUUUAAUUGGUUAAAUUCCUUUUUCCCAACCCAGGCUAUAUUUUGUAGUUAUCUGAAACAAGUCUAAACUGGAUAGGGAAAACACGUCGACCAAACAACUUCACCAGUCCCUCACGAUUAACUACUGAUCAUGAUAGCACUGAAUACAUUUGUUCAAAUUGAUUGGCUUUGCAUUGUGUCCAUUGUCAAUCCUUCUGGCACUGGACAUGUAUUUGAACAAUAUUGGCAUUGUAAGUAGGUGCAUUUCCCAGUCUGGUCAUAGAAUUUUUUUUUUGAAAUCAGCUCAUAAAAUAGCCAUGAAAGAGGGAGUUGGUGAAAUGGCAUUCCAUGGGGAAAUGUGUCAGGAACCAGAGCGAAGUAAUCCAUUUGCAUCUGGCAAUAUUCACUUUUUCUUUCACAGUGGACGUGGUGGACCUUUAAUGGUGCCUGUACCUAGAUAUUAUUUGCAUGCUCCUCAGAAACCAUUUUUCUGAAUGAAAUGCAAAUUUAUGUCGUAGAAGGGGGGAAUGAUCUUGACAGCAGAUGCUUUUUACGGAUGAAUUCAUUGAAGUUUUGAGUGGAGUUCGACCAGUUAAAGGAUUGCAAAUAUUUAAAAAGGAUAUUGACUUGUAAAAAUCACUUGAUGUUUACAUUUGUAUCUUCAAUCACAUCUUUAUAGGCUUAUUAUAACUUGACCUUCAGUUUGGAGAAUCUGACUCCUGCUUUCCAUGUCUUUUUUGUGCUGUUUCUCUCCUUGCAUUAAGUGAAUUGACAGUAUGCCUUCAAUAUGAUUGGGAGUAUUCUCUUCAAAAAGAUACUUGGGUAACAUCCCCUUUGAUUUCUGGUAUUUAUGCAAAUGUCUUAACAUCUGUAAGGAUGCCGGCAGAAGUUUUGGAAAACAAAUUGCUUGCAAAUGAGUUAUGGUUAAAGACUGAUGUUUUUGAAGCUAAAGUAUUUUAAAAUUGAAAUGUGCAAAUUGCACCCUUGCUUUUCUAUAUAAUUAUAUAACCUCUGCAGGCUACCACAAUUUUAAGUUUUGCCAGAUUUACAUAACAUUCUUUGAAAUGUUUUUCUUGACUUUGUACUAGCAAAUAACACUAUCAUCCAUGUUGGACAUCAAACAUUUUCACCUAUGUAAGCAGUAUGGGCAAAUCUGAAAAGAUCUUUGCUGUAGAUAUCUUGUUAAUCUGCAGUGUUGAUGAACUUGGUGAACCACUGGCAUUCUAGUUUAUAUCACUUCUUUGCCCAGAAUGCUCAUCAGUGUGCAGUAGUGAAUCUGUGUGCACUGGGUUAUUGCUGUUUCAUCCUGAACUAUCCACUCUAAAAAAAAAAAAUUAGAGUUUUAACUUUCAGUGCUGAGCAGAGUCUUUACUAGCACUACUAGCCAAAGGAGGGAUGUGGAAGAAUAUCCAAUGUAUCAUGGUUUGGGUAGUUACAGAUAGGAAAUGAACAGCAUUGUGUAGGAAAUCUUUUAAAAGUGCAAAAUCUAGAUAUAAUGUUUAAUAGAAUAUUAUGUAGAGUUUUCAUAAAUUGAAAUUUUUUUUAAGGCGUGGUCUGGAUCUCCGAGCAUGAGCACCUACAUAUGUAUAGAAAAUGCUUUCUCUAAACCAUUUCGCCACAUAACUGCAGGCUGCAUGGAGUUGCAGGUUGUAUUCGAAGGGACCACGGUGGGUGUUCCAUUUUUGUCCUCUACUGUUCUUUUCAUCGAUUCGUUUAUCAGCGCUGUGAAACAAGAUGUGAUACAGAGCUGUGAUGACUUAAGUUGAAGCCUGGUGUGGGAUUGAUGCUAUGGUGGUGCCAGCGAAUGAGAGGGCUAGUAUGAGCGAGGAAGGAGAGCGCAUGCAGAGACCUGGUGGUGCAUUAUGACGUUUUUAAACGUGGCAAGAUGUGGCUCUCAAUCCCUUGGCAUGGUGAGAGAAUGCAGAGGAGAAGUGGGAUACAGUACGAAUGUUUUUCUUGUAUUCACAAAGGACGUCCGUGGCUGAUGAGGGGGGAAAAAAAGACUUUGGAGUGGUGAUAUUUGCUUGUAAUUUGAGUAAUUGGAAAAUGUUGAAUGUGUUCAGUGAAAUGAAUAUCUCCCGGGGUUGAAACCAAGGAAAUUUCAGUUCUCCAAUUAACAAAAAAAAUUCAGAACAUUGGGUUGUAAGUUAUGGGUUAGUAUUAAACCCUUUGCAAAUAUCUUUUCCAACUGAAGUAAACAUUCUUCUAAUUAUAAAAUGAGCACAAGGAAAUUCUUUUGCUUUACAUUUGAAUUAAUUGCAGGUUAAUUAAUGUUAUUCAGUCAGUCCUUAAAAAGCUGCAGAGGACCACUGAUGUUUUUAAUUCUAGUUUCAACCCCUGAAUAUUUUGUAUCUUUCCCUUCCCUUCCUGUUAACUGUGUGUGCCGAAUGGUUGGUGAUGUAUUUUUGUAUUACUGAUUUGUAAGUGUGGAUAAGUGAAAUGACGUGGUGUUAUGAAGGAACAAUAUUCUGUGGAGUGUAUUGUGGCAUUGCUGCCUGCCAGAGAUGACUUGGGUGAGCUCAGUGUCAAUCUUGGUCAAGAGUGUACGUUUGUGUUUUCUGCGAGUUUAUUGCGAAUGCAUAAUAAAUGACUGCUUGAGUUAAGUGUGUUUUGAAGCCCUUUUUUAAUGUCAUUGUAGGUAAUUCUUAAUAAAAAUUUAACUUGACUGAA